UUCACAGGUCUUAAAUACAUUUAAGAGUUGUUACUCCCAAAAGUAUCUACACCAUUUUUUCCAUAGAGUAUUGAAUUCAUUUAGGGUCUAAUUUAUAAUACAAACCCAGCAUACAAGUUUUAAAUUACAAGAAAAACUAUGUCAAAAUUUGCAAAUGUUUGACUUUAAAUUCCUAAUUCUUUUUUUAACAUAACUAAAGACAAAACUUUACCAGGAAUUCAGGACAUUUAAUAAUGAAUAUUACUUUCUUUAAGUCCACUAUGCGUGAAUUUUGAAGGUGUGCAUGUUAAAUAAACUUUCUCACUCAAACAUAAGAAACCUUUAUCACAUGGAUCCACUUUUUUCUCUCAAAGGGAUGUGACAAAUGCACUCAAAGAAAAAUCCAACCCAACAAACACACUUUGUUGAGUUUGUUCAGUUCAUGCCUCCCUUCCUUGUCACCAUAUAGAUCACAAAAUUAACAUAUAUGUCCAAAAUUUCAUAACCCUUUCAAGAAAAUGGCCUUCAACAACAAAUCCAGGAAGUCUAAUUCACCUUCUCAUUGCAACUUCUGCAUCACCCUUCUCUUCAUCACUCUCUUCACUAUACCAUCUUUUUUCUUCCUCAACAGCUUCACCACCAACUCCAAAUGCACCAACUUCACCAAAAUUUGGUCAGGUAAUCUUCUUUCAGCUGAAUUUGCAUGGAACAGCCUUGCAUUUUCACAACACAACAACCCUUCACCUAUAGUUCUAAAAGUUGCAGUUUUUUCAAGAAAAUGGCCUAUUGGAACCACUCCUGGUGGCAUGGAACGCCAUGCUCACACACUUCACACUGCUUUAUCUCAUUUUGGACAUCAAGUUCAUAUUUUUACUUCCCCCCCAGAAGAUAAAACAAUUUCAAUCUCAUCAAAAAGUGCAGCACCUAGUUCACCUUACAUUCAUUUUCAUGAAGGCGAGCCGGGUAAAUGGCGUUACAAUAAAGCAUUUGAGCUGUUUCUUGAGGAACAUGCAAGACAACCCUUUGAUGUUGUUCAUUCAGAAAGUGUAGCACUUCCUCACUGGCUUGCAAAAGACAUUCCAAACCUUGUAGUAUCAUGGCAUGGCAUAGCUUUGGAAAGCUUGCAAUCAAGCAUUUUUCAGGACUUGGCUCGUAGACCUGACGAGCCUAGAUCACAAGAUUUCAAUAAAGGAUUACAAGGGGUUGUUCCUAAGGUUCUCAAUGAGAUAAGAUUCUUCAACAAGUAUGCACAUCAUGUUGCUAUUAGUGAUAGUUGUGGUGAGAUGUUAAGGGAUGUUUACCAAAUUCCAAGUAGAAGAGUUCAUGUAAUUCUCAAUGGUGUUGAUGAUGAGGAUUUUAGAGAAGAUGUUGAAUUAGGAAAAGGAUUUAGAACCAAAAUUGGGAUACCCAGUAAUGCUAGUUUAGUUUUUGGAGUAGCAGGAAGAUUGGUGAAGGAUAAAGGUCAUCCACUACUUCAUGAAGCAUUUUCAAGGCUUAUAACAAAACACACCAAUGUGUAUUUGAUUGUAGCUGGUUCUGGACCAUGGGGGAAUAGGUACAAAGAUAUAGGGAGACAAGUUUUAGUUCUUGGAUCUAUGAGUCCUUCUAUGUUAAGAGCAUUUUAUAAUGCUAUUGAUAUUUUUGUUAAUCCUACAUUAAGACCACAAGGGCUUGAUCUUACAUUAAUGGAGGCUAUGAUGAUUGGGAAGCCACUUUUGGCAUCAAGGUUUCCAAGCAUUAAAGGUAGUAUUGUUGUUAAUGAUGAAUUUGGUUAUAUGUUCUCUCCAAAUGUGGAGUCACUUUUGGAAGCACUUGAAAAAGUGGUGAAGGAUGGUAAAGAGAGGCUUGCAAGGAGGGGAAAUUCUUGCCGUGAAUAUGCAAAUUCUAUGUUUACUGCUAGAAAGAUGGCAUUGGCAUAUGAGAGACUUUUCCUAUGCAUAAAAAGAGAUACAUUUUGUACCUAUCCUUGAGGUUAAUUUAGGCUACAUGAUAUUGUUCUUUUUCUUUCAGGAAUUGUUUUCUGCUGUUUCUUUUAUUCAAUAUAUGACAUGAUUAUACUGUAAUUUUACAAAAAUUA